AUGAUGGAGGGCCUUCCUAUUUUACUACUGCGCAAGCUAGUUGAGAUCAUAUAUGAACCUGCUGACAUCAUCUGUCUUGCUUUGACUUGUCAUAGACUGUUUGAUUGUCGCAUGGACUACAUCAUUCUCAACAACAUUACAACUAGUACAACACUUGGUUAUAAAGCUAAACACAUUCUACCAUGUUUCAAUCAGAUCGUCAAGCAAUACAAAUUAACGUAUGCAUACAAUCCUACACCAGCUGAUCCAAACGCGCCUGUUCUUUCAUUGUACCUACCCUACGACUUUAACCAACCGCUUACAAACCUGCCCAACACUUUAACACACCUGGAGACUGGCUAUAAAUUCAAUCAACCGAUUGGCCCAGGCACGUUGCCUCAAUCCCUUACCUCCCUUAAACUUGGUGUAUCAUUCAACAAACCAAUUGGACCUGGAGUCUUGCCCGAGUCACUCAAACAUCUGGCGCUGAGCAUCAGCUUUAAUCAACCUGUGCAGCCUGGCAUAUUCCCUGACAAGCUACAAGUGCUAGAGUUCAGGUCUGAUUUCAAUCAACAGAUUGAUAAGGGCAUGCUACCCAAGUCGUUGCGCAAGUUGUCUUUCGAUCAUUGGUUCAACAAGCAAUUGAAGAUAGGUGUGUUGCCAGAGGGUCUGGAGGAGUUGGUUCUAGGCUGGAAAUACAUACAUCGAUUGGAGCAUGGUGUCUUGCCACAGGGUCUACAAAAGUUGUCAUUUGGUCACGAUUACAAUCAACCACUGGAGCCUGGUCAGUUACCAGACUCUAUCACGUUCCUCAGCUUUGGGACAACAUACAAUCAACCACUGGCAUCGCCAUGUCUUCCGGCCUCACUCAUCAAGCUCUCAUUGCCCAUUCAAUAUUCUCAUCCGUUGGGCCCAGCCAUCCCAACCGGUUUCAAACACUUGAUCCUCCAAGGCACGAUGUUUGAGGACCAUACCAAAGGUCUAUUCCCAACAUUUAAGAUCUUCCUUCAUCCACUCAUCAACAACUACCAGGCACGAUUCGUUUGUUUCGUCAUCAACUACCGCAUACUCUCCUCUAAACAUGUAUUUGAUGUUGUGUCAACUACGACUACUGAGAGCUGA